AUGAGAGUUCUGUUGGUCGGAAGUAAUGUUUUUGGGACACUGGGUGGGUCAAGGAAGAAUCAGAAUGGAUGGAAAGAAGGUGAAUGCUAUCAUGGAGUGGCCAAGUCCAUCCAAGGCAAGCAGAAUCAAGUUGCUGAUCCACUCAUUCGGAAGUCCGUGGAAGCUUAUGUGUCGGCUUUGAUGAUAGUCGAAUCAGAUUUUCUUGACAAAAUCAAACAGUGGGCUGAGAAAGAUGUUGCCUAUACCAAGCUAUUGCAAGAAAUUAAAGAUGGCGUGGUGAGACGAUGUUGGAUUGAAGACGGUUUGAUCUAUGCCAAAAUUAGCAGAUUGUAUGUGCUUUCAGGUGGGGGACUGAGGCAGAUAGUGUUGAAGGAAACUCAUGAUCCGCUAUGGGCAGGCCAUCCGGGCAUUGAAAGGAUGCUGGCUUUGCUUUCAAAAUCAACGGCCCUAGCAGUCGAUUUCUAUGGAUUUCAUUUCUGGUUUCCCGAAGCUCCGCAUGAGUGCACUAUGGACGGUGCUGUUGGAUUGUACUUAAAAAACGUGGUAAAGUACUUUGGAAUACCCGAGGAUAUUGUGAGUAAUCGGAAUUCUCGGUUUACAGCCAGUCAGAAGAACUGGGUUGUCUUACUUGAUACAGAUCAGUUUUACUACAAUCUGCACCAAUCAUCUGCUACGGGGAUGUGUCUGGCCGAGUUAACCAUGAGAUAUAUACUCAAGACUUCUCUCGAGAUUGUGAAAGAAGGGGGACGCAGUGUAUGUCUAGCUGCUUUUUGA